AUGUACAGCAUGUUGAUCAUAGCAAGGAUUGUGCUUCGUCUUCAACGGAAAAACUGGAGGUCCCUCACCUAUCACCGCCACCACCACAGCCAUGAACAUAAUAAUCAACCACUUCCACUCCCUCCUACAUUCUACCUCUCCCAUAUCUGCAGAAACCUCGACACCCUCAAGAAGCUCCACGCUUCCCUCCUUAUCCACGGCUUUCCCCUCGACACCAAUCUCAUCUCCCUCUACGCCUCCUUCGGCUCCCUCCGCCAUGCCCGAACUCUCUUCCACCGUUUACCCUCUCCAAACCUCCACUCUUUCAAACUCAUCAUCCGUUGGCAUUUCCUCAACGACGACCACUCACAUGUCGUUUCUUUCUACCACCUCGCUAGACUAACUCUCGGCCUUUUCAACGACCUCGUGGUUUUCUCCAUCCUCCUCAAAACUUCUUCCCAUUUACGCGACCUCGUUCUCACCACACGACUCCACUGUCACAUUCUCAAAGCAAAACCUCCUGAUAGCUUUGUACUCACCAGUCUAGUUGAUGCUUAUUCUAAAUGUGGAAAACUUUAUUAUGCGCGUAAGGUGUUUGAUGAAAUACCUGACCAAAAUGUUGUGUCGUGGACUUCGAUGAUUGUUGCUUAUGUACAAAAUGACUGCGUUGAAGAAGGGUUGAUGUUGUUUAAUAGAAUGAGGGAAGGGUUUGUUGAUGGGAAUGUGUUUACUGUUGGAAGUUUGGUUACUGCCUGUACUAAAUUGGGGUGUUUGCAUCAGGGGAAAUGGGUUCAUGGAUAUGCUGUUAAGAAUGGGGUUAGGAUUAAUUCCUUUUUGGCUACUUCUCUUUUGAAUAUGUAUGUUAAAUGGGGUGACAUUGGAGAUGCUCGUUCCGUGUUUGAUGAAUUUUUAGUUUCAAGUUUUAGUAGUGAGGAUAUUGUUUUCUGGACUGCUAUGAUUGUUGGGUAUACUCAGAGAGGUUAUCCUCGAGCUGCGUUGGAAUUGUUUACUGAUGAGAAAUGGUAUGGGAUUUUGCCGAAUUCUGUUACGCUUGCGAGUUUGCUCUCUGCUUGUGCUCAACUGGAAAAUAUUGUUUUGGGAAAGUUAUUUCAUGUUCUGGUAGUUAAGUAUGGAUUGGAUGAUACUUCGGUGAGAAAUGCUCUUGUUGAUAUGUACGCAAAGUGUGGACACAUUUUUGAUGCGCGUUAUGUGUUUGAAACUUCGGUAGAUAAGGACGUUGUCUCUUGGAACUCGGUUAUUUCUGGUUAUGCACAGAGUGGUUCUGCAUAUGAGGCUCUUGAUCUCUUCAACAGGAUGAGAUCAGAGUUGUUUUCGUCGGAUGCGGUUACGGUUGUCGGUGUUCUCUCGGCUUGUGCUUCCGUUGGUGGUCAUCAAGUUGGUUCAUCACUUCAUGCUUUUUCCUUCAAGUAUGGUUUGGUAUCUUCUAGCAUCUAUGUUGGCACUGCAUUGCUCAACUUUUAUGCAAAAUGUGGAGAUGCAAAGUCAGCUCGCAUGGUGUUUGAUGAGAUGGGAGAGAAGAAUGCUGUGACCUGGGGUGCAAUGAUUGGUGGGUGUGGCAUGCAAGGUGAUGGAGUGGGAUCUCUUGCUCUCUUUAAGGAUAUGUUGAAAGAGGAACUUGUGCCUAAUGAAGUGGUUUUCACAACUUUAUUAGCGGCUUGCAGCCAUUCAGGGAUGGUUGGAGAAGGAUUGAGGUUAUUUGAUUUUAUGUGCAGGGAGUUAAACUUUGUUCCUUCCAUGAAGCACUAUGCAUGUAUGGUUGAUCUGUUGGCACGUGCUGGUAACCUCCAAGAGGCAUUGAAUUUUAUCGACAACAUGCCUGUUCAACCCAGUGUUGGUGUGUUUGGAGCUUUUCUUCAUGGUUGUGGACUUCAUUCCAAUUUUGAGUUAGGAGAAGUGGCAAUUAGGAGAAUGUUGGAGUUGCAUCCUGAUCAAGCUUGUUAUUACGUGCUCAUCUCAAACCUGUAUGCUUUGGAUGGAAGAUGGGGCAUGGUCAAGCAGGUGAGAAAGAUGAUAAAGCAAAGAGGAUUGAACAAGGACCCUGGUGUUAGUUUAGUGGAGAUGGAUGUCAACAAUGGUACAUAUGCAAAUGUUGCGGUUUGA